CUCUUUUUCCUCCUCGUCAUGUCAAAGAUGUCGACAUCCCCGACGGAAAAAAGUUCCGAAAAUGACUUUUCCUCUCAUCCAGUGCACAAGAAAGUUAAAAUAUCCUCUUCAAAUGGCCAGGAAGUAGUGUGCAGACAGACCUCGACGCGUCGCGUUGUCAAUCUUAAGAGGCGAACAACACUGUCGAUGCUUCCUACCCUCCCUCUGGAUAUUUUAUUCGAGAUAUUUGGACAUCUUCAUCCUUUGGAUUUGCUCCAUCUGACCCGGACGACGAAGGACUUUCGGCGCGUUCUCACCCACAGGUCAUCUAUGACUGUCUGGAAAUCCUCGUUAGCCAAUGUCCACGGAUUGCCACCGUGCCCAGACGACAUGUCCCACCCUGCCUGGGCCAGCCUAGUCUUUGAUCACUUUUGUCAUAUCUGUUUCACGGCGAAUAUUCGCAACGUCGACUGGUGUCUACGUGUCCGACUAUGCUCAAAGUGCGCUAAAACUUGCCUAUUAUCCGAAUCCGCCUUUGAUGCGGCCAAGAAGAAUGACAAGAUCAUGCUUCGUUCUGUCCCGUUCAAUAGCUGGCCUAGUCGUCAUCCGAAAGAAAAAUUCUGCUUCGUCAAGGAAAAGGAUGCUUUUGUGAAGGCCUUCAAUAACUGUCGAGGGAAGGAAACAAGGAAGGAAUUUUUGGGGAAGAGAAAAGCGGCCGUAAAGGCUCGUAAAGACCACGCAAGAAAAUGCACAGAGUGGGCCGAUUCCGUGAGCGAAAGCCGUAUGAAGGAGCUCGAUGACAUUCGGAAAAAGAGAAGUAAAGCCAUCGAGACCAGACUGAUAUCUCUGGGUCACGGCAAAGAGAUUGAAUACCUCAAGGAUCUCGAAAAAACUGGUUCAUGGCUUGAUAAGAGAGAGCUGACUCUCUUCCCUGAUCAGUUCGAGGUGAAGCAGCCCAAGCCUCUCAGUGAUAGAAACUGGAACUCCAUCGAGAACACCAUGCUAGAUUACAUGCAGGACGUCAAGACCCACCGCCUCAAAAAAGAACGGAGCGAUCUACUCAGCGCGCGUCGAUCUCUCAUUGCAACUGAAUGGCGCUCAUGCCGUUCCCCAGCAAACGAGUUCCAACCAGGCCUGGUGGAUAUAUGGGUGUGGAAAGAAAUGAAAUACUUCAUCGACCUCCCCUCGGGCAUCGCCGUGACAGCAGAAAUGGUCAGAAACGCUAUGACGUCGCGGCUUCCCAGCUUCACCGCUUCGUGGCGCGACGACAAGUUCCUCGAGCUGUGGUUUAUGCUGGAUUAUACGGUCCGUGGCGGACUCCUGGACCAUACGAAUCAUCUGCAGCAGGCGACGUGCGUGUUUAUGUGUACGGAUCAACGGGGACUGCACCGUGAUAUGGGUGUGGCGGGGUAUGAUACAACUGCGUGCAGCAUGUGGUACCCUGAGUAUCUGCACCACGCUUGCAAUUCGAGGUGCACGGUCUUUGAGGAGAGCGACGAGAGUAGGAUUGGGAAGGGGGUGUGCGAUCAUGAGGAGCUGGGUUUAAUGCGCGAUUUACAGACACGUUUAACGCGUAGAAGGGAAUGGUCGACGGACUCGCUGGUGUUCGACCACAAGGCUUCGCGUGUCGUACGGAAGAUCCUUGAUACCUGUAACUUAAACCCCAGGACUACAGUGGAUCAGCUGGACAAGGCUGACCCUCGUGUGGUGUGUCUCAAGUGCAGUUUUGGUGCCAAGUGUGAUGGGGAGAGGAUAUUCCCUGUCCUUACUUGGAGGACUGCGGUCCACCAUUGCAUGAGGAAACAUUGGGGAGACUCGGCAGUGGCAUGGCAAAAGAUUUCUGACGAAGAGACGGUGCUAGCGAGGGAACUGGAGAAAAAGGAGCCGCAGAGGCGAGGCAUACAGCCACCACUUGAGAAGAACUGGCGCUGCUCAACAUGCACGGGGACGUCGCUGGAUAAUGGCCAUUUGACCUUGAUGGAUGUCAAAACACACCUAGCCAAUGAACACGAUGCAAAUACCCCGGUAGAAGGCGUCGACUAUUUCCGUGCACUUGAUUGGCCACCAGAGCAACCGUUAAUUGCGAGAAUGGUUC